AUGGACCGAUAUAAACCUAUUUCGACAAGAGAGGCACCUACAAAACCUCCCAAAGAAACUGAGCGUAAUCUUUCGCUUCUCCGAUGUGGAAAAACUUUUUCGAUGAUUCCACCGAGCGUUCCUUACACGAGUAAUAUCGCCGUUUCUGUGGCGCUAUAUGAUAUCGAUAGAGACUCAUUGGGGGAUCAAACAAAAGCAUUUGCGGCCGGAAUUUUGAACCAUUAUUUCAAAGGCGAGGAUAGUUAUCUCGUCGCGUCGGAGCAGGAGAGAGAAUCGCAUAAAAUCGAUUUUCUCAUAUUGAAGGUCCCUUAUGGCCGGAAAUCAUUUCACGACCAUACGUUCGUUGUGAGCAAGAGAUAUACCGAGUCCUGGGAGAGUACAUUGGACCAAUUGUCACAAUCCGCCGCCAAGACCAUCAACGCAGCUCCGUAUGACCGCACGUUUGCGAUUGCUAUAAGGGGCUGGGAGAUUGUUUUCUGCGAAUAUCAUGUCACAUUCAGAGAGCCGCCACCCGAUUCUUACCGCAACAAACUGUUGCCAAUUGCGCCCUCGGGCUACGAGGAAUGGCAAAUCUGGAACCUUAAGAAUCCUGACCAUGUUCCCGUCAUCGAUGAUUUAUUUCGUCAACUUCAGUCCAGCGACGUCCCGCCGAAGCGCUAG